CGCAGUCCACAGCAUCACUGACCUAGAGGGACGAAGAUCUGACGCCAUGCAUGGCAUUUGAGCGAUUCGUCGCCGCGAGCAAAGCUGGAGACAAGAAGGAAGAUGACAAAUUAAAGCAAGACCUGCUCUCUGGCAGUUGGGAGGCCUUGGGCGAGCCGACCCGCAGCUUCCGGGAACGCCAUGGCUUUCCGGCCACCUUGGCCUGGGCACUCCUGCAGCUGAAUUUUCCAUCAUUCCCAUCAAGGCGUGUAGACCUUUGGGUCCUGGGUGCUCGCACGGGCAUGGAAGGAUGGCUGGCGGAGGAAGGCUUAUGGGAUUUCCUGGCGAAGGUUUUCCCACGUCUCGAAUGGAGAAUUCGACUAAUUGGGCCAGAGAUGCAGGAUGGAGUCUACAGGUCAACUCUGGUGGAAGUGGAAGGAGUGCGGCUUAAGGGCCAUGAGUGGAUGAUGCAGUCUCCCGCGCAGCCGGAUUUGGUGGUCUGCUUCAACUCGGGCAUUGGCACACUCUCCUUGUCCAUUACCAAGCCUUGGUUGCCGACCGUCGCAGCUCUUUUGAAGCUAGGCGCGAAGAAGCAACCAGAUGCCAAAACAUCUGCCAAACUGCGCGCAGAAAGUUGUUUUGGAAAAUAGCUAGUCAGUCCUGUGGCCGGCAGAGAAGGUUUGAAAAGGUCAAUGAUGA